AUGUCAACAUCAUUUACAGUAUCCUCAUCUGGAAGCGCAUCCGCUUCCAGCUCAGCCAUAAGUGGAUCAUUCUCCACAAUCACUGCGGUCCUCUCUUCUACGUCUAAUCCAUCCUCUACAUCUUCAUCCGACACUCGUAUCCCAAUUACGCCUUCAGCUUACAGCACUUUCAACCCUGGCUCUGAUCCUAGUCCGGCGCCUUCCGCCACCUAUGUCUCUCAGGAAGCCCCGGCCCCUGCUUGCACGCAGCCCGCCUGCCCUAAUGUCAAUAAUGUCACAUGUACGGACGCUGAUGGCAAGGCUUAUGUGCAUCAAUGCGACACUGGUGUCACGGGUGGUACUGUAAUCGUGCCUGCCAGCAGCGACAACACCAAACGUGAUGCCGAACUCCUGAUGUUCGACGACAUGAUGAUGACCCUGCACUCUGAAGACACCGACUCGGGGUUGAAAAAGCGUCAAACUGACGCACAGCAAGCAGCCUUCCAUGAAUGUCAGCUCCAGUGCGAUAGUGUUAGUUACUGCCGAGCCGUUGCGUACAACAUCAACACAGACAACUGUCAGAUAUUUGCACAAGUUUCUGGUACGGGCUACUCGCCUGGUAUCCUUUUCGCCGAGCGUGCUCCUGCUCAAGACGCUGUUGAUGGACCAGUCACCUCGACGAUUUAUAGUACUGACAUCACCACGGUCACCUCGUGUCCGCCAGACGUUCAAAGUUGUCCGGCAAGCUCGACAGUCGUCUCGACCACAGUUGUCCCCGUCAGCGUGACGGUCUCCUCUGCGGCAAGUGCAACGGCGGCCGACUACUCGAGCUAUUGUGGCGCAUAUUAUAUGGACUCGCAGAGCCCUCCAAACAACUACAGCGUUGACUGCACAAGCGACUACAAUACCGUAGGCAUCACUACUGUCACCAGUGUUCGAAACUUGGAUGUCUGCAUCGAUAUCUGUAGUCAGACAGCUGGGUGUUUAGCUGCGACUUGGCUGCAGAAUACCCUACAGUGUGAGUUGCACGACACGAACGAUCUCGGAUCCGGAACCACUCCAUUCCCUCCGGGCGUCGUCGGAUAUAGAGCUACCAGACUUACGAACCCUGGUGGACCUCUGACAAUCACGGUUCACAGCACUGAUAUCAGUACCGUCACUUCGUGCGCUUCGGACGUGACUAGCUGUCCUGCAAGAUCAACUGUGGUCUCGACUACGCUCGUUCCAGUCAGUGUUGGUGUCGUGUCAAGCACUGCUAUCUCUAGUGCUGCUGCCUCUAGCACAUCAUCUACACCAGCAUUCGUGACAAGCACAAUCUACAGCACUGGUCUAGCCACCGUCGUAUCUUCAAGCUCGACAGUAAUCUCUACCACGUUGGUUUCCAUCGGAACCAGUGUCAUUACGACUUCGACGUUCGUGCCUAGCGAUACCACUGGUGGCCGCUCAGGAACUGCAUCUACUGGUGUUGUGAUAUCGACAGUUUACAGCACGGCGCUCAGUACCAUCGUUUCGUCCAGUUUGACGAUCAUAUCGACCUCGCUUGUGCCCAUCAGUGUAACGGUCUCGACGGUUUCUCUGCCAUCGGCCACAAGCUCCAGCGCGGUGGGUGUCGUGACUUCGACAAUCUACAGUACUGAUAUUACCACCAUCACCUCGUGCUCUCCCGGUGUCGUUAGUUGUCCCGCCAGCUCGACUAUUGUUUCUACGUCGCUUGUGCCAAUCAGUGUCACUGUCUCGACUGUGUACACCGAGUUCUCGACUUCAUGGUACACAACAUGGUCCGGUACUCCAUUCUCUACUGCCUCGUCGACGGCAUAUUCCUCUGCAUUCUCGAGCGGAUUUUCCUCUGCAUUCCCCUCGGCGUUCUCUUCUGCUUAUUCUUCGGCCUUUUUGUCGGGCUUCUCUACCGCAGCAUCCAGUGCAACAUCCUUUGCAGCAUCUUCCGCAGCUUCCUCGGCUGCUUCGUCAUUCGCUUCUGGCGCAGCUUCCUCUGCUGCAUCGUCGUAUGUGUCCAGUGCAGCUUCGUCUGGCGCUUUCUCUUCUGCUGGGUCUGGCGCCGCGUCUAGCUUUACUGCUAGCGAUACUAUGAAUGGUCGCUCUGGCACCGCCAUGUCUCCCACAUCGACAUCGACAUUCUAUACUGGUCCCAGUAAGUCUUUUGGUUCGGUUGUGUCUGAGUCGUUGCUGAUGGUUUAUCUAGUCACUAUUACUGUGCGGCCAUCGACUUGUCCUGCGCUGCAGACGUUGACGACUACGGUGUUUACGACUGGCUAUGUCAGUUCGUGUGCUCCUGAUGCCGAAUGCAGUAGUAGUAGUAGUGCCAUGUAA